UUCGCAAACUCCGCUGUCGACCACGUUUUCUGCUGGCUUCUGUCUCCGCAGCACAUUCCUCACAUGUGAAGAGCGUGCUGACGCGGGCCUGGACUGCUACCGGGUGUGUGACGACCUCUGGUAGUCAGGUCGGGUGUCGGGUCGUCAGCACACUGGAGUGUUGCUUGCAUAUUUGUUUUUGUUUGUCUAUGUAGUCUUACGCCUCAUCUCAAGUAUUUGUUUGCUCUGCUCAGCCUUGCAUGACCGCCGCUCACUAGUCUGGAACUUGUCCGAUGUGCACGACCGUUGUAAUGUCUUCUGCAGACGACUGUGGAGAGUCUGGCACCGCCACCACUCCCCUCUCCCCACCUUCCCUACUCGCAGGUCUCCUGUACUAUGUGUCUGUAUGUGUGCACGCUCUCUUGCGUGCAUGUGUAUGCGUAUGUGUUUAUAUGUGGGGGGAGAGAAGAAACAAAAACAAAGAAGGGGGGUUGUGUUCGUGAGACGGAAGUCGUGAACCCUUGGCCUCAAUGACAGCCGCUCAGCUGCCGGUAAGCCACGCCCCACGGCAACCCCCUCUCCCUACCGGACCCCUGUGAUUGGCUUGUGGCUCAUUACUUGACAGUCAAUCCUCUGCAGGUCGUCCUCUCCUCCACCCGCCCUCCGCUGAACGUGUGUCAAUCACACGGCUGACACGCCCACACGUUCUCGCAGGUGCACGCGGGCGCCUGGCUCCGCCCACUCCUCACCCCCGCCCUCGAUCGUGGCCUGCAAGGAGGCGCCGCCUCGCGCCGUCUACCCGAUUACAUGUAAUUGUUACAGUUUACAGCACCCUGCACCCUGCACAGGUGUCAACACCAGAGUCGCCGCUCUGCCAGCAGUGCAAGAGGCCAGAACGUUUCACCUUUGUGGCCGGUCUGCUGGGAUUCCACAGUCGCAGACUCCGAAGUUCACAAAGUCACUGCCAGUGUCACCGCCAACAGCCAACCGCCAUUUCCAGCUUCUCUCUGGAAACCCUGACCAGUCUACCCACUGGGCCUCUCCGGUCUGAGCUUCAAUUGAGACUUUUGUGGGAACAUCGGAAGCCAAACUGUAAUUGUGGGCUGACAACUCUUUUGGCUGAUCUGUGGGCUGACUUGUUAUUUGUGGGCAGCUGUGGCAGCUGUCAGUGGUAAGUGCUUUCACAGCUGGAGUGUUACAUAAGGACACCACGCUUGUGGGGUGGGGGGAGCCCCAUCGUCCCUUUUGCUGUCGUACAUCGAGCAUCCUUUUUUUUUUUUUUUUUUGUCCUUCACCGACUCCUGACAACGGUGCAGCCAUGCAAGACUCUGCUCCAGCAGUCACCACUUCCGGUCCCUGCCACUCGCAGAAGAAGGGUUUCCUCUUCUCCAUAGACAGCAUCCUCACUCUACACGCCAAGAACACCAAUCGCACUCCCGACGACGACAAAGACGAUGAUGACCGCAUCCAGAUCCCUGCACCGGUCACCAGAGGGCGCUUGCCGGAGGCUGUGGCCGUUGGAAAGAGCAACAAGACAGUCAGCGAUAUGGUCGGCAAGGUCUCCCAGGAUGAGGAGGAUGUCCGCACCGUGUCCCCCACUCAAAGUUCCCCCCACUCGCAGGUUUUUACAGACAGCGCUCUCAAUCUGCCCUUCACCUUUCACUCUCACCCGUGUCAGCAGCUGGACCAAUCCCUCCCGCGGCCGCACUCCUACCUGCCUUUCCACGCCUUCCGCCAGCACCUGCACAAGAUGGUCAAGGGAGGGAAGUAUUCACUGGGUCACAGUAGUCUGCCCCUGGCUGUCCAGCUGCCGCUUCCUCUCGUGCGACACCCUGGUCCCCGCUGCAUGUUGCACAAGACGAGCGUCUGCUGCACGUCACAUGACGGACACGAGGCGCAGCAGGAUGCGCACCUGGUGGAGGUAGACCGUGCAUCGCCGCCAGCCCGUCAGGGACCAGCCGCCCACGACGACGUCGACAACAACGCUACGGAGGUGGACGAGCAGACGGAGGGAGAGGAGGACGGUGACGUUAGUGGUGACGUCACGACAUGUGACCUGCGGGCUGACUGCCAUGGCGCAGGGUUAGGCGCGUCACAAGUGACGCGGAGUGAGGACUACCCAGAUCUGGCCAGAGGAACAGAGCACGUGCUGAUUGAAGGUCAAGGGUCAGCAAGCGGGUCAAGCUGCUCAGAGAAGCCUCGCCGGAAGCGGUCUCGAGCCUCGUUCUCGCACGGCCAGGUGUACGAGCUGGAACGCCGCUUCCGCCACCAGCGCUACCUGUCGGGGCCCGAGCGCUCGGACCUGGCGCGCGCCCUCAAGCUGACGGAGACGCAGGUGAAAAUCUGGUUCCAGAACCGACGUUACAAGACCAAGAGGAGACAACUGCAGCAAGAGCAAAUGCUGGCGGCCACGGCCAAGAAGGCUGCCGUCACCUUGCUGGUGAAGGACGGCAAGCGAAUGUUCCAGCACAACAACCUCCUGGCACAGGCACGAGCGCACGGCCUUCUUCCCCCGCUCGUCACCAGCCCCCCUACCGUCCCCCUGCCCACCUCCGCCCCCGAGGACUAUGUACCCCGCCCCCUGCUGUACCCCUCGCUGCCCCCUAUGCCGGCAUUCAACUACUACUACUUUCUGCACUGAAACACCCGCUUGUCUGAAUCCCUACUCCUCCACCCCACCAUUGCCACCCGACACUUUAUUCUCGCUAGCCUGAGUGUGACAGCGCCUGUGAGAGCGCCCUCUGUGGAUGACGUCACAACACCAAACAACAUUUAUGACACCGCUGCUUACAACCUCAUGGUGUGACGUCACACCACACGGCGAAAGGUGAUGUCGCAGUUGAUGAGUGACAUCACAGCGUACCGUUCCAACGGUCUCUGGUGGUGACACCGCCGCGCAGCAGCUGGGUGACGUCAUUGGCUUCUGGAGGUGACACGUCACGCGCCAGUAGCGACUGCUGCAGACCGGAGGGAAGGCAAGGUCAGAUGGUGUCAUGACAGUAGUCCACUCCAAGUGCAAAAACUAAAUUCAUUGCAUUCCAUUUUCACGGGGAAAAAACUUGUUGACUGCGGCUGUUGUCCUGGAUAUUAUCUCGUCCUGUCUACACUUGUCUAUGGGACUAGCGUCUGUAUACUCACUAUGUCUGUGUUCUGUGUAUUCUCACUACGUAUGUAUUCUAUGUAGUCUUACUAUAUCUCUAUUCUUCCUACCUUCCUCCCUUGUACCUCCCUCUGCACCUAUGUCCAUCCUUCAUCUUCCGCCUUCUGUUCUGUCCAUUCCUCAAUGAAGUGUCUAUUCAGAAUGUGUCAUCGCUCGUCUAGACUCUGCAAGCACGUGAAUACAAGAUAGAAGUGGAGGGCUGAGAGAGACAGAUGUAGGAGGAGCACUGGGACACGUGGAGGACUGUUGCUGUAGUCAGUGAUGUCAGAUGUCAGUGAAGGAAAAUGACAAUGUGUGCGUCAAGCGCUGGGGAAUGUGUGAGAGGGGGAUGUAAAUGGAGGACAGCGGAUGAACACGAGAAGUUGGUGAAACAACAGGAACUGUACGACUUGCUGGAAACUGUCAGACCGUCAAGUUGUUGUUUGUCACGUUAAUGCUAAUAAACAACUUAGUUUUCUUAGCAAACAAGAGACAGGGAGACAACAAUGUAGCAACUAAAUGUUUGAGAAAAGACUUUGAUCGCGCACCUUGUUCACGAUGACAUUAAAGUUUGACAUGUCCGCCAAGCAAAGCAAGUGUAAUGACUUGUAAUGUUGCUGAGUGCACAACCCACUGUACUUCCGGUAGUCAAUGGUUACCUGCAGAGAUAUCAGAUUCCACUCAAACAUUCUGUGACUGAUUCACUUAGCUGUUGUCCACUUUCAACUCCUAAUAUCACACUCCGUGACUGUUACAGUAAAAUAUUAUCUACCUUGCUCAUUAGCUGUGGUUGUCCCUCGAUCUCCAUCCCCACCCCUCAUGUUUCCUGCCCUUAGUCCCGCUGUCUAACCCUUGCACAGGUAGGUACACAGGUAGGUACACAGGUAGGAGAUUCCCACCUGCACCUUUAUCAUGGUGCAUGUUCUGUCCACCAAGUUCCUACUUGCCUCUGGAAACUCUUUAAUAAAAAGAAAAAUAUUGUAUCUGAUAAAACAGUCGAAAUCCAAAGACAAACUCACUUCCAUACUUUUCUUUUGCUUCGCCAACGACUUUUAUUGACAAUGUAGUUGUAGGAGGUUGGGUGUGUUGUCGGAUAUUCACCGUUACCUUUCUGUCAAUGACAGGAACAUCUGUUCCACUGUUCCACCACUGAGUUCAGUAACGUGUCGAGCUUUCUGAUUGUUUCUACAAUUUCUGCUUCAGCACCCAGCAACUUCCUGUUGUAUCCAUUGUCCCCAGUCCAGCAAAUAAGCAUGGUGUAGGUUUAAAUAAUACAUCUAGAUAAUGAUAAUGAUGAUGAUGAUCUCCUUUUGCUGCUACCUGAUAUUGUUAACCUCAUUCUCCUCCUUCAUUUACUCUCGAUGUAAAAAAAAAUAAAUAAAUUAUUUUCUUUACAAAAUAUUUACCUUCAAUUCUAUUCUUCAUUCUCCAUUCUUCCUUACAUAAAUGAGGAUGUGAAGCGAUGUUUUUGUCUUAAAUUUGACCUCUAACCUUGACUGUUCACAUGAUUUCUUUGUUCUAAUAUACAUUGUACGUACCUGAUGUGUGUGAUUUUACAA